UAUAUAAACAAAAUGUUCAGCUUGAGCGGCUACGACGGCGAAGCUGUGGGGUUCGACUCCGUCUCCACGACCGCCAACCCCAGAGCUACGAGCUCCGCGCAGACCACCGAGUACGAGCAGAGGGACGCCGCAGCCCAGACCGGCCGGGCCCGGGACGUCGGCUGCACGGCGCGGCCCGCGGACGACGCCGGCGCGGCGGUGGAGCCCGAGCCACCCGGCCUCGCCGACUUCCUGCACCGCGUGGCCCCCCUCGUCCUGCAGCAGCUCGACCGAGGCGACGCGGACUUCCUCGACCCCUCCUCCGACUCCGACGAGGAGGAGACGCCCACCGCGCGCCUGCUACAGGAGAUCCCGGGCCCGGAGCGCGCCGGCGCCGGCGACGACGUCCUGAGCCUCAGCUGGAGCGGUGGCGGCACCUCGCUGGCGGCGUCGCGCGGUCACCUCGUGCACGACGCGUGGUGCCGCGGCCCGGGCGGCGUCAAAGUGUUCGCGCCGGGCCGGGGUGCCGCCGCUCUCGCGCCCCAGCUCGAGAUCCCGGAGCGGAGCUGCGUCACGGCGCUGCGGUACCACCCCGCCGGCGCCGCGCUGCUGGCGUACGGCACGGCGGCGGGCGACGUGGUGGUGUGCGAGCUGGGGGAGGGCGGUGCCCGCCCGCUCCCCACCCCGCCGCCCCGUCACGCCGCGCGCCGCGUCGCCGCCCUGCACUGGGCCGACGCCGCCGUCGCCAACUCGCUCCUGUUGAUGCACGUCAAAAACAAAGCGAUAAGGCGGGGAGCCGCCGACCAGGUUCUGGUAUCGGGCGGCGCCGCCGGCACCGUGAACGCGUGGCGGGUGAACGCGGCUCGGGACGUGUUCGAGCUCAUCACCGGCUACCGGGCGGGCAGCGCGCGGGGGCGGGACGCGCCCGACAUCACGUGCCUGGACUUCGCCCGGGCCGCGCCAGGGGGCGAGGGUGCCCUGUUCGUGGCGGGCACCAGCACGGGGCGGCUGCUCGUGUGCCACGCGGUGGAGGAGGAGGACCCCGCACGCGCCGAGUUGGCCGGCCCCGCCGCCUGCGUGCUCGACGUGGCCUUCGCGCCGCACCGGCCGGCGAUCUUCGUGGCCCUCUCCAUGGACUCGGAGCUGCGCGUGUACGAUGUCAAUCGGGAGAGUCCGCUGAAGGUGGUGUCGGCGGAGGCGUGCGUGUCGUGCGUGCGGUGGGUGUGGGGGUGGUGGGUGGUGGUGGGGCUAGCGGGCGGUGCGGAAUCGCUGCGCGUGUACAGCGUGGCCGACGGGCGCGCGCUGCCGGUGGCGGGCCUGGGCCCCCGCGCCGACGUCACGUGCCUCGACGUUACGCACAAAGGACUCCGUAUUGCUGCCGGCGAUAAGGAGGGCAACAUAAGAGUUUGGGAGCUUCCACCUCUUCGAAAUAAGUUUAACUGUGAAAACUGGGUGUAG